AUCUAUCAGCAAUAAUGAUACGUCAGCCCAGACCACACCUCGACGGACCGACGAGAUGAGGAACCCAUUCGCAUUCCUCUCGACGAGAUCGGGGGGUGGUUACCUCCCGCUGCCACUCGGUCAACAAAACAAAGGACCGUCGACGUCGUCCUCGUCCUUCUUACCCAACUUGACGAGAAGAGCGUGGAAUACCCUGAUUCUCGCUUGUAUAGCGUUGAGUACGGCAGGAGUCUACUUAUGGCUGUUCACGGGUGGGAAUGAAGCAGGUUCGGACCUGGAUUUGGGAGUGGACGUCAAGAAUUCGGGAAAGGAAGUCCAUGUUCCAGGAAACGAGGUCGGCUUAGAGGGAGAGGUGCUGGAGACAGAUCCCGGGUCAAGAGAGGACUCGAAGCAGCAAGAGGGCUCCGAGCUUGCGUUACUCUCUGAUGAGGAUGUCGAGCUAGAUCGAGUCACGCUGGCAGAUCUAGGUCAAGAAGCAGAGGAUCGGUAUCACCUGCUAGGAGAGCGGAUGGACGAAUAUCUCUCUACCCUAAACUCGUUUCUUCGAGGAUCCUUUCCACCACAUACAUCUUCUCUUCUCAUCCCUGCUCUCUCUGCAUAUACCUUGCCUUUUGGCCACCCGGACUCUGACAAGCCGGGCAUGCUCGACUUCAAGAUGAUCCAUCAGACCGACAAGACAUACGACCCGGAAGAUAAGCGGGUAAAGAAAUGGAGAGAUAUGCACGAGGAAAACGGGUGGGAAUGGAAGUUCUACAACGACGAGCAGGCUUUGAGGUGGAUAGAAGGCAAGGCCAAGUGGAAUCCGAUCGACGAUGCUGUUGGGUCGAUAGAUCCGACAGAAACGAUCCAGCCAGAAACCACGUUUCCGAUCUCGACCUCGGCCUCGAAUCCGGAUGAGUCGUCGGACAAGGGUUUCAACCUGGUCGAACUGGACUCCCGGGCGGCGCCUAGCGUAUCAGAACGCGGCGUCAUGUGGGCGUGGGAGUACAUGAAGCGAGGGGUCAUGCGAGCAGACUUUUUCCGAUACUUGGUCGUCCUGCUCGAAGGGGGUGUGUACUCCGAUGUCGAUACGUAUCCGCUCCGACCGAUCGACGACUGGGGCAGGAUCAAGCCAGAGAUAUACGAUAUCUCCUCGACGGAUGGUCCUAAGGAAGAUUGGGUCAAGGUGGUAGAAACGACAGAACCGAGUGUGGUGGUCGCUAUCGAUGUGGAUGUUCAUCAAUUAUUGGACUGGGGUAAAUCCUGGCCGAGACCGCUCGGGAUCUGCCAAUGGACGCUCUCCGGAGCACCUCAUCAUCCGAUCUACGUCGAUGCCGUGAGAAGGGUAGUCAACGCCACCCAAUACAUCGCCCAUCAGAUCGAGGUCGUCCUGCCUGAGGAGAUCGUCAGGCUCAAAGACGAACGACCUAACGGUUGGAAAGCUCAGGUGAAGAAGAUGAAGAAGAUGAUACGGACGCAACAGGGGAUCUUGCCGAUCAUGGAGCACACAGGCCCGGGACUCUGGUCAGACUCGGUCUUCUCGUAUCUCCUCGCACGGUACGGGAUCACGUGGCACGACCUUCGAGCGCUGGACCACCCCAUGCGUAUCGGGGAGGUCCUCAUACUCCCGAUCACGGCCUUUUCUCCUGGCGGUCAACCGGAUUUCAAGGCAAAGGGGCGGGACGAUGAGCAGGCCGACGUCGUCCACGACUUUAGGGGUAGUUGGAAGGCGGGUGGGUUAUAGAGGCAGGGCGGAUAAGGUCGAUUGUAUUUGUAAUAUCGUACAACGAUAGAGAGGAUGGGUGAUUAUAAUUACAGCAU